GCCGUAAACCGGAAGUACCAUUCGGCUCUGGCUGGAGCUACGUACAGCCAUGAAGAUGACAGGGGAAAAUAAUGCUGAAAAUUCAGAAAUAACAAUGGAUGAUGUCAAAAACUUAAUUCAAAGGAAAGAUGAAAUUGAAGAACAGAUAAAGGCUUAUUACGAUGUUUUGGAAGACCAAUGUGUCGGAGUUGAAGGUCCCUUGGUUGACGCAGAGGGUUUCCCUAGAGCAGAUGUUAAUUUAUACCAGAUCAGGACAGCAAGACACAGUAUUUCAUGCCUGCAGAAUGAUCACAAGGCCAUCAUGGAGGAGAUAGAAGAAGCCCUACACAAGCUGCAUGCUCGAGAGAAAGCCAAGCGGGGAGGGGACGAGGCAGGAGACCAGGAGGAGGCGAUGGAGCAACAGGUCACUCUUCCUCCUCCCUUUGCACGGGUGGAUGCUGUGACACAAGGCUCGCCUGCAUGUGGAGCUGGGCUCAGAGUUGGUGAUGAAGUCAUUGAGUUUGGUUCUGUUAACACAGAGAACUUCCAGAACCUCCAGAAUAUUGCUUCUGUGGUACAACACAGUGAAGGGAAACCAUUACGUGUCUCAGUCAUCCGGGAUGGCCAGAAAGCUCAGAUGAGCCUGACUCCACAGCGAUGGUCAGGCAGAGGAUUGCUGGGAUGCAACAUUGUUCCAAUCCAUCGAUGAUCACCAUGACAUUGUGCAGCAUUUCAAUUGUGAAACACCUUCCUCCACCUAUGUUAUGCCUGGAUGGUUUCAAACUGACUUUGUACAUGCUGCAGACAUUUUCACCUGUUUAUUUUCUCAAUAUUUGAAUCCAAACUGGAAGUAUUUUCUUUAUACAAAUGGGAUAUAUGAAAAUGAAGUGUCACAGUACUUCUUUUUAAGAGGCCAUACUGAGUUUACUGAAUAAACAUGCUAUCUUAUACUACUCGGAUUAUAUUCUUACACAUUCGACUCUUGGCAUUAGGAGUUUUAGCAUCUUUCUCUCAGUAGCAUGGAUUCACUCAGCGAAUGUCAUUGCUUUAUCUAGUGUGCAAGUGGUAUAUUUGGUGUAAGAGUGCCACCAGAGAUUAAUAGGGGGGUUAAUUAAUGAUAUCCAUGACAAAAUCUGAGUGGUUGUUAAAGUAUCUUGCAGUGUUUUGAUGUGAUGAACUGACAAUGAAUGACUGGAGACUUAUUAAUUAAUUUGACUACUUUAAUCAUUAAAUGUUUAUGUUCAACUCUUGGGGAAAAGAUGACCUGUCGCAUGUUUAUUCCACAUGUAAUUAAAGAUUUUGUAUUAAGUGAA